GGAGACCUGGACAGGGUGACAGGGAGACCCUUGGCGCGAGGUAGGGAUACGUGGAGGACCCAGGAUGCUGGGGAGGCAACCAGAGGGGCCAUGAAGGGCUCCCGGGCGCCCGCGCGAGUUGGGGAGAACCUGCGGCAGCCAGCAACGAGGGCGGGGCUGGGUGAGCAGGGCACGGGCCAUGGAGAAGGAAAACCUUGCACGGAUGGAAAAGCGUCUUGAGGGGGGCGCGGUUAGUGGAUGCUUCCCUGUUUGCUUUCCACCUGACAUUUUUCUGUCCAGCCCAGGGGCCCCCCAGCUGCCUGGAGCAGAAACAGGGCCCUGGUGGCUGGUGUCCGCCUGGGCGAGAGCUGAGGACACAGGACUGCCUCCACCAGAGAGGCCCCGCGGCACUGGAAGCUGACCCAAGCACGCAGCAGCGGAGGGCAGUUGCGGGGACGGAGCUGUACGGUGUCCUCUCCUGCAGGGCACCAUCGUUUCAAGUUAAGUAGGUCGCGCCGUGGUGUCGGAGUCGCAGUGGACGCCCGGCCAGGCCUCGGCCGCUGGGAGCCUCGUCCCCGGCGGCUGGACGUCUGAUAAAGCGCGGUCCAGGGCGCCCCCGUGCAGCUCUCGCCGGUUCUUAGGGGUCUUGCCGGCGCCCCCGAGGCUCCUCUCAGGUUCCCUCGCAGUGCAUCCCUCCCGAGGGCGCUGCCUACGCGAGGCCUGCAUUCGUGCUUUCUACCACUGACCCAAGGAGCCGUCAGAGCCGAGGGCGAGCGAGGCGGUUGAUGAGUGCCCGAGGCGCAGAGCAGCGGGCGGCCGUGCGCGCCCAGGACCGGCUCCGAGGGGCCCGGCGCGCGGGCGCCCCGGGGCGGGGAGCUGCGGGCCGGGGAUGAGCGGCCGCGUGCCGCUGGCGGAGAAGGCUCUGUCGGAGAGCUACGCCCGCCUCCGGUACCGGGACGCCUCCCUGCUCAUCUGGCGGCAGCAGCAGCGGCGGCUGGAGUCGGCGCCCCCGCGGACCUACCUGAGCCGGAGCCGCAGCAUGUGGUACUCGCAGUACGGAAACGAGGCCAUCCUGGUCCGGGACAGACACAAGCUCGGAGUGUCCCGGGACACGGGCCGGUCCAAGGUCUGUGCAAUCAUGUAGCCCCGGCGGGACACCCGCGCCCGGGCGCUGAGCUGUGCGGAGACCAGGCCCCGCUGCCCUCCCUGAGGGGCCUCGGCGGCUUCCAGGCCUCACGGGGAGACGCUGGAGAGUGAAGCCCCGGCUGUGCUCCAGGAGCCCACGAAUGCCGGCGGGGGCUCCCAAGCCGUCUCCGCGCGUGGCGCGGCCGGCGGACCGGCUCCGGGCUCGCUUCCAGCCGGCGCGCCGCUACACACGCGGCUUGACCCUUAGGUCUCCAAGC